UUAAAUGCAAAUCCAAAAUCUUGAUCAAUUUUAGUGUCCCCAUGACCUGACUCACCACCACCUCUCUCUCAGGGAAUAAAUUCAGCGGAUUCUGCUCAAAGCUUCAAUCUUUGAAUCCCUCGCAUUGUAAAAAGAUUGCAACUUUCCCUCUCUUUAUCUCUCUCUUAACUACAUUCAAACUCUUCAAACCUAGAAUCUUGGUGGGGUUUUGUUAAUAUGUUAAUGCAACUUCGCUUCAAAGCAUUAGAAGCUAUUCAUUUAUCUGAAACGGAGGGUUUGCUUCUAUUUGGCUCUUUUCUGUUUACUAGAUUGAUGGGGGUUUUGCUUUAAUUGCUAGCAUUUCUUGGUGUCCUCUGAUAAUUUGGAGAGUUUUUGAGUUAGAGGAGAACGAUGUCUAUCAAAAAGGCAUUGGUGAGUAUGAGGAAGAAUGGAAGUUCCCACUCAGGAAGGUUGUUCAGUGAUAGAAAAUGGCUUAUCCCAUUCUUUGCAAGCUUGCUCGUGUUCUUAACUCUGUUUUCAUCGGCUACUUUUGGGGUGUUUACAUCUUCUUAUGGAGGAGAGCAGGUGCCAUUUGACAUUGUUUCGUAUUCAAGACCGGAGGACUCAAGUGGGUAUUUCGUAGAAUCGGAUUUAAAGAAAUGGUUUGAUAGAAGUAGGUAUUCAGAAUUGGAACCGCCUAGAUUAGCUUAUCUCAUUUCAGGUACGAAGGGUGAUAGUCAAAGAAUGAUGAGGACUUUGCAGGCUGUGUAUCAUCCUAGAAAUCAGUAUAUUCUACAUUUGGAUCUUGAGGCACCCCCACGAGAAAGGUUGAUGUUGGGAGGGUAUGUGAAGAAUGAUCCAACGUUUCAAGAAGUUGGGAAUGUGCGUGUAAUGGCACAGUCCAACUUGGUGACUUAUAAAGGGCCUACAAUGUUUGCCUGUACCCUUCAAGCAAUUGCAAUCAUGUUGAGGGAGAGUUUAGAGUGGGACUGGUUUAUCAAUCUCAGUGCUUCAGAUUAUCCUCUUGUGACACAAGAUGAUUUGCUCCAUGUGUUCUCAAAUUUGUCUAGAAACCUUAAUUUCAUUGAACAUACACAGCUAACUGGAUGGAAAUUGAACUCGAGGGCAAAACCGAUUAUUGUUGAUCCAGGCUUUUACUCAUCAAAGAAAUCUGACCUUUAUUUUACUACUCAACGCAGAUCACUUCCCACAUCUUUCAAGUUGUUUACUGGUUCAGCAUGGGUAAUGCUGACACGAUCGUUUCUCGAAUACUGUAUAAUGGGAUGGGAGAACCUUCCACGAACUAUCCUAAUGUACUACACAAAUUUCAUCUCCUCUCCUGAAGGAUAUUUCCACACUGUUAUUUGCAAUACUGAAGAAUUCCAAAACACAGCCAUAGGUCAUGAUCUCCACUACAUAGCCUGGGACAGUCCUCCCAAGCAACACCCUAUCUCUUUGACAAUGAAAGACUUUGUUAAAAUGGUUAAAAGCAAUGCCCCAUUUGCCCGGAAAUUUGCAAGGGAUGAUCCAGUUUUAGACAAGAUUGAUAAAGAGAUUCUAAACCGCACGGGCAGGUUUGCUCCUGGAGCAUGGUGUAUUGGCGGCUCAGACAAUGGAUCUGAUCCAUGUUCCAUACGCGGUAAUUAUUCAGUAUUUAGACCAGGUCCUGGUGCUCAGAGGUUACAGGAACUGCUCCAGACAUUAUUGGCCGAAGAUUUUCGAAAAAAACAGUGUUCAUGAUGAAAGAAAAUUUUGACAACUUUCAAAUGUACAUUGAUAUAUUCAUAUAGAUUAUACAGCUGGUGUAGAGCGGUGGAAAUUUUUUCCCUUUUUAUAAAUCAAUGAAAGAUCAAGGUUGAUAGAAGAAA